AUGAUUAUACAAGGGAAUAGAAAAUUAUCAAACCUAGCCGAUAAUGACAAGUUCUCUUUAAAACAUGAAGAAAUUGGUCGUCCACUUUACUUUGAUGCACAAGCGACAACGCCUGUGGAUCCAAGAGUACUUGAUGCAAUGCUACCAUAUUUAGUAAGCUACCAUGGAAAUCCACAUUCUCGAACACAUACAUAUGGAUGGGAAAGCGAAACAGCUGUAGAGAAAGCGAGAGAACAAGUGGCUAAUUUAAUUGGAGCUGAUCCCAAAGAAAUAAUUUUUACUUCAGGUGCUACAGAGUCUAAUAAUAUCUCUGUAAAAGGAGUAGCACAUUUCUAUGCACCAAGAAAAAAACAUAUUGUGACUACUCAAAUUGAACACAAAUGUGUGCUGGAUUCUUGUCGUGCAUUGGAAGGUGAAGGAUUUAAAAUAACAUACCUUCCAGUAGGACAAAAUGGUAUUAUCAAUCUGCAAGAAUUGGAAGACGCUCUUACUCCAGAAACAAGUCUGGUUUCUGUUAUGACUGUUAAUAAUGAAAUAGGAGUAAAACAACCAAUUUCUGAAAUUGGAGCAAUAUGCAAAAGAAAGAAGGUAUUUUUUCAUACGGAUGCAGCUCAAGCCUUAGGAGUGGGUGCAUUAUUUAUUAGACGAAGACCAAGAGUUCGUGUGGAACCAAUUCAAAGUGGGGGUGGCCAGGAGAGAGGAAUGAGGAGUGGAACUGUGCCAACUCCAUUAGUUGUGGGGUUAGGUGCAGCAUGCGAAAUUGCAGAACGGGAAAUGAAGUAUGAUCACGCUUGGAUGGAAAAAUUGUCAAAAAGAUUUCUUGAUAAAAUGUAUUCUAAGUUAACACAUGUAAUUAGGAAUGGUGACCCUGAGCAAUCAUAUGCAGGAUGUAUCAACUUAUCUUUUGCAUAUGUUGAAGGUGAAUCUCUUUUAAUGGCGUUAAAGGAUGUUGCUCUAUCAAGUGGAUCAGCCUGCACUUCAGCUUCUUUAGAACCAUCAUAUGUAUUACGGGCUAUUGGUACAGAUGAGGAUUUGGCACAUAGCUCUAUAAGAUUUGGCUUAGGCAGAUUUACAACUAUGGAUGAAGUUGACUACACAGCUGAAAAAACAAUUAAACAUGUCUUACGUCUCAGAGAAAUGAGCCCACUUUGGGAAAUGGUGCAGGAAGGUGUUGACAUAAAAACAAUAAAAUGGUCACAACAU